AUGAGCUUUUGGAAACUCAAAGAUCUCAUGAUUCUCGACCUCGCAUCCAAUUCCUUCAAUGGAUCAUUGCCUCGAGAGAUUGGACAUUUGAAGGCUGCAAUAAUUAUAGACUUGUCAGGGAAUCAUAUAUCAGGGUCCAUUCCCAACACAUUGGGUGCUUUACAGAACUUACAAAACCUAUCUAUUACAAACAACCAAUUGGAAGGAUCGCUACCAGAGUCAUUAGGCAACAUGCUAAGUUUAAUUUCCUUAAACUUGUCGCAUAAUUAUCUCUCCGGUUUGAUUCCAAAGUCGUUGGAGACGAUUCGCUCUCUCCAGGUCUUCGAUGUUUCAUCUAACCGUUUAAUUGGUGAAAUUCCUUCCGGCGAAUGCUUUAGAAACUUCACCGGUAAAUCCUUCAUCAAUAAUGUUGCACUAUGCGGAGAUCCCCACAGUGAUUUUUAUCUUGGUUAUCGUUACUUUGUCAUGCAUCUGUUCGGGGUAUCUAAGAAAGAGCAAGUUAUUGAUCCGAAACUGUUUAGAGAAGAAGAUGAACGCUUCAAUUCUCAUGAAUUAAUCCCGAGGUGUGUAUUAAUGAUCAUGGAAGUGGCCCUGAAUUGUGUUCGUGAAUCUCCGAAGGAAAGGCUCACCAUAAGUGAAAUUGUUGAUUCACUCAAGAAGAUAGAAAGAAGAUAUACUUCAUUUCACGGACAAGGAGGCACUCAAUUAAAAUAUGUUGAUCUCGGAUAA